UUGCCUGGCAUGGGGGGCAUACCUCCCCCUCCACCCCCAUUGCCUGGCAUGGGGGGCAUACCUCCACCUCCAUUGCCCGGCAUGGCAGGAGAGCAUAUAGAAGCUGUGGUGGCCUCCCAGUUCAGCUGCCCUCUUGGGUUGGGCAGGCCUCCCCACAAGACAGUGAAGACACCAACGUUGAGAAUGAAGAAGCUGAACUGGCAGAAGCUGCCCUCCAAUGUGGUGAGAGAAAGUCACUCAAUGUGGGCUUCAGUGAGCAGCAGCAGCGAGGAAACUAUAGAGCCCAAUUACACAAGCAUAGAGCAGCUCUUUUGCUUUCCACAACUAACACCCAAGGAGAAAACAGCAGCACCAGUGAAGGCAGAACCAAAGGAGAUCACAUUUUUGGACUCCAAGAAAAGUCUCAAUUUGAACAUAUUUUUGAAGCAAUUUAAAUGCUCCAAUGAAGAGGUGGCUUGCAUGGUCCAGAAUGGGGACCGGACCAAGUUUGAUGUUGAGGUUCUGAAGCAGUUGCUGAAGCUGCUGCCUGAAAAGCAUGAGAUAGAAAACCUGAAGGCCUUCAAAGAAGAGAAAUCAAAACUAGCAAACGCAGAUCAAUUUUAUCUUCUUCUCCUUCAGAUUCCAAGCUACCAGUUGCGCAUUGAAUGUAUGCUGAUCUGUGAAGAGACCACCGUUGUGCUGGACAUGAUUCAGCCAAAAGCUGAAGCCAUCCGGAGAGCCUGUGAAGAUCUUCUGAACAGUCAUCGCCUGCCACUUUUCUGUCAACUGAUUCUCAAAGUUGGAAACUUCCUGAACUAUGGAAGUCACACAGGCGAUGCCGAUGGGUUUAAAAUCAGCACUUUACUCAAACUAACGGAAACCAAAGCAAACCAAACCCGCAUUACACUGCUGCACCAUAUUCUGGAGGAAGUAGAAAACAGCCACAAGGACCUACUGGAACUGCCAAAGGAUCUUGAAUAUGUUUCAAAAGCAGCAGGAAUUAAUCUUGAUAUUAUACGCACGGAGUCCAGUACCAAUUUAAAGAAGUUGCUGGAGCUUCAGCGAAAGGUUGUAUCAUCAAAUGACGAUGUGAAACAACAGUAUGAGAAACCUAUCCAGGAUAGCAUUGAUGCCUCCAGAAAGCUGGAAGAAGAAUUUGAAACCAUUGAAAGGAAGAGAGAAGAACUUGCAAAUUAUCUCUGUGAAGACCCAAGCAAGUUGUCCUUAGAGGACGUAUUUAGCACGAUGAAGACCUUCAGAGAUCUCUUCAUCCGAGUCCUGAAGGAGAACAAGGACAGAAAGGAGCAAGCUGCCAAAGCAGAGAAGAGGAAGAAACAGCUGGAAGAGGAAGAGGGGAAAAGACAGAAGGGAGAAAACGGAAAAGUCAUUAAGAAGGGGGUGGUGAAGCAGGAGGAGGUGUGUGUCAUCGAUGCGCUGCUAGCCGACAUAAGGAAAGGGUUCGCGCUGAGAAAGACGAAGAACAGACACGAGUCAGAUGCAAUUCCUAAAACCUUGCCUGCAGAAGGCCCAGAGGAGAGCCAGUCUGGAAACAGCAUUAAGGAUCCACAAGCAGCCGGAGAGCAGAUGGAUGAUAAGACCAAGCAAAACAACGAUGGUCAUCCCUCAGAAAGCACUUCCCCAUCAAACACUGCCCUGAUGGAGGUGGGUGGAGAUGUUACAGAUGCUUCAGCUUCAAACCAGGUGUUCUCUAAAAACAAUGCUGAAGGAGAUUUGCCACCAGAGACCCAGACAGAAAGCCCCUCAGUAAGCUUGGUGGAAGCUGACAGCGCCGGUCAGCCCAUGCCAGGCACUGGGAUGGAGCAGGCAGACAGCUGGGCAAGCCUCCAGCCAAGCACAAAGAGCUGUUCCACUGCUUUCUCUACUGCUAACAUGGGCACAGGGAUAACAUUUGUGAGCAGUAGUUCGGCCACUACCCUGAGAGACCAACUCAGAUGGACCAGCGGGGCCAUCUCAGAAGGCCAGGACAAGGAAUGCCCAGCUGAUGGCUUGGAGAGCUAUGGGCUCGCGCAGGAGCCAGAAACCCAGCUGAGCAAGAGCAGGGUCGACCCUGGCAGUACUCAGUCUGCUCUCCAUGAGGCUCAUCAAGCAGAGUCAAAAGAGAUGGCAAAGGAAAAUGAAGACCCUGGUGCAGACUCGCUGUUGGACACCUCUCAAGAGAAGUCCUUCUCAGAGGAGCCAGCCACUGACUCCUCUUGUUCAGCAACACUUACUCCAGAGCAAACUCACGCCGACAGGGAAAAGCAGAGGUCAUCUGGGAAAAGGAGGAAGAAGAAGAGGCACAGCAAAAGCUACUCAGCAGAGGUUGAGACUGAUACUGGAGAUAAUAAAACAAAAAAAGAUUGUGUGGUACAAUGA